AAAAAAUUGGACAUUCUGUAAGGCUGUAACGAAUUGUCUCAAUUUCUCCUGCUCCUCUUCUCAGUGAUGGCGGCUGUAUCAUCACACUUUGCACCACUGAAGAAUCUAAAAUCGCUUAACGAUUCAGUUGCUAACAUUACUGUAUGUUCUUCAAAGGAAUUAAGGUUUCCAUCAUCCAAAAAUGUACGUCCCAUUUCGAAUCCCAUGACCCACCAGCUUCGGAGUCUGGUCGUUUACUCGAGCACUGCCGACAACAAUGUUGACGAUAGACCCAGUUUCCUUGUCACUGAUCCACCUCUCUCACCUACUAGAUCCAAGGUGAGAAGGCAUACGAUAUCGGUUUUUGUGGGUGAUGAAAGUGGAAUGAUAAAUCGGAUUGCUGGAGUAUUUGCAAGGAGGGGAUAUAAUAUUGAGUCCCUAGCUGUGGGUUUGAACAAGGAUAAGGCCCUCUUUACUAUUGUUGUGUCUGGAACAGAAAGUGUCUUGCAACAAGUAAUGAAACAGCUGCAGAAGCUUGUGAAUGUUUGGAAGGUUGAAGAUAUAUCAAAUGAGCCACAUGUAGAGCGUGAAUUGAUGCUCAUAAAGAUCAAUGCUGACCCCAACUUCAGGGCUGAGGUUAUGAGGCUUGUGGACAUAUUCAGAGGGAGGAUUGUGGAUAUCUCAGAAGAUUCAUUAACCAUUGAGGUUACUGGAGAUCCGGGCAAGAUGGUUGCUGUUCAAAGGAACUUAAGUAAAUUUGGGAUUAGAGAAAUUGCAAGAACUGGAAAGAUUGGCUUGAGAAGAGAAAGGAUGGGGGAGUCUGCACCAUUUUGGCGAUUCUCAGCUGCUUCAUAUCCGGACCUAGAAGUAACAACUCCGGAUCAGAACUUUAGUGGCAUUAGAAAUUCAGCUAAUGGGGAGUCCAAUACAUCAGUUGAAGGUGAUGUUUAUCCUGUGGAACCAGCUGACAGCUUCUCGUUUAAUCAAGUUCUUGAUGCUCACUGGGGAGUACUCACUAACGAAGAUAAAGCUGGUCUUAGUUCUCACACUUUAUCGAUGCUCGUGAAUGAUGCUCCUGGAGUCCUCAAUAUCUUGACUGGUGUUUUUGCUAGAAGGGGUUAUAACAUUCAGAGUUUGGCAGUUGGUCAUGCAGAAAUCGAGGGAAUUUCUCGCAUCACAACAGUUGUUCCCGGCACAGAAGAAUCCAUUGGCAAGUUGGUGCAACAACUUAACAAGUUGGUAGACCUUCACGAGGUUCGAGAUAUUACACAUGUGCCUUUUGCUGAACGAGAGCUGAUGCUGAUAAAGAUUGCUGCAAAUGCUGCUGCAAGGCGCAGUGUUCUCGACAUUGCUAGCAUUUUUAGAGCCAAAGCUGUUGAUGUUUCUGAUCAUACUGUAACACUGGAGCUUACUGGCGAUUUAGACAAGAUGGUUGCUUUACAGAGAUUACUGGAGCCAUAUGGCAUUUGCGAGGUGGCGCGUACAGGACGUGUGGCUCUAAUACGUGAAUCUGGCGUUGAUUCCAAGUACCUACGCGGAUACUCUUUCCCACUGUAAGUACGAGAUUUGGAGGCAGUUGUGUGUUUGAGUGAAGAAGAGAUGUUUUUUGAAUUGCGAAUAUCUAGGGUAAGUAAUUGUGUACUAGGAUUUGAGAAAAACACGACUUAGUAACAAAAAGAUAAUUUAUCGUCUUCUAUUUUCAAAUAUGAUGACAUCUUGGAUAAACAUGAUAUCUGAUGAGAAAAAGUAUUUCCAAAUUCAGUUUUAUUUCUUUUCCGGCAGCAUUAAGGGGAAAGUCGGUUUUCAAGACAAACCCUAGUUAAGAAUGUGUCGAUUAUUUAUAGAAAUGUAUUGCAAUAAUUCAACCAUAAAAGAAUCUUAGUCAUUUUUUUUAUAGGUUCACAAAUUAGAAGCAAAGUUGGGUAGCUUUCAGCUUUCUUAUCCAAUCUCUCAUUUCUACUUCACAUAAAGGGAACAAGAAAUCAAUGGAAUAAAAUAAUAGCAGGCAUAACUGCUGGCUGUUGAGCC